AUGACGUUCAAAGUGACUGUAGUCAAGCGCACGAGCAAAAAGCCUACUGGUCGGCAGAGCACCUCAUCUGUCUUCCCGUUGACGCUCGAGCUGCCAACCGAUUCGCCCACGGUUGCCGAUCUCAAAGCUGCGAUCAAUGACAAGGUCGGCUACCUAUCUCCCUCUCGCCAGCGUUUGACAAAUUCGGACAACAAACCGCUUCUGGACGAUGACAAGCAGCUUAACUCUGGGGGAGUUGUGCCCGGCGAUACUAUCCAACUGAAAGACCUCGGUCCUCAGAUCGCAUGGAAGACAGUAUUCUUAACCGAAUACUUUGGGCCGCUCUUCAUCCAUCCUCUCAUAUAUCUCUAUGGACCAGCCAUUUACGGGAAGAACUUCCAACACUCCAAGAUGCAACAAUACGUGCUCGUCAUGGUGCUUGCUCACUAUGCCAAGCGAGAGUUGGAAACUCUCUUCGUCCACCGCUUUUCGAAUGCGACGAUGCCGAUGUUCAACAUUUUCAAGAACUCCUUCCACUACUGGGUCCUCUCUGGGCUCCUCCUUGCUGGUGGUGUGUACGGUCCCUGGUCAUCGGCAAGUGCAGUGAAGGGCACGAUUCAGGCACAAGACGGAUUCUUGAAUGCCUGCGUAGGCGUAUGGGCCAUCGCAGAAUUGUGCAACCUCCGCUGCCACAUGAUGCUCAGCAACCUUCGACCCAAGGGCACAAAGCAGCGCAAGAUCCCAAGGGGUUUUGCUUUCGAGCUCGUUAGCUGCCCGAACUACUUGUUCGAGAGCAUUGCUUGGGCAGCGGUCACAGUCAUGACGCUGAACCCGGCAGCACUGAUUUUCUCCGCCGUGUCAGUGGGCCAAAUGCUCAUUUGGGCGCUCAAGAAGCACCGCAACUACCGCAAGGAGUUCAAGGACUACCCACGGGGGAGGAAGUCUAUGUUCCCUUUCAUCCUCUAA